GAUCCUUCUCCCAAUACCUCUUUCUCUCUUUGUCUCAUUUGAGAAGAAGUUGUAGGAAUCUGGAAUAUUCUUAUUACUGUCUCAAAGCUGGCUUUCUGAUCCCGCUGUACUGUUCAUCUCGACAGCAUAACUCGAGAUAUUCAAAACGUUCCCUUUCAUCAAUUCUUUUAUAAGACGACUGUACACAUCUCAAAAUCGAGAGAAGAGAAAAGUCGCAAACAUGGCACCUUCAACUCGCUCUUCAACGAGCAACACCCUCGUUGAGGAAAAGCAACCUCAACAUCUUGACAUGCAUGGAAAUGUCUUUGAGCUCCCCAAUUAUACCAUGAAGGAAAUCUACGAUGCUAUCCCAGCUCAUUGCUUCAAACCCUCCAUCAUUCGAUCAAUGGCAUACGUUGUCCGCGAUUACUUCUACGUCUCCACCCUCAUUUACCUCGCCCUCACCUUCAUCCCAAUGCUCCCAAAUCCAUACCUUCGAUUCGCUGCUUGGAUUGCAUACACCACUGUUCAAGGUUUUGUUUUUACUGGUAUUUGGAUUUUGGCACAUGAAUGUGGACACGGUGCUUUCAGCAAGAACAAGAGAUUGAAUUGGACUAUGGGAUUGAUCAUGCACUCAUUCUUACUUGUGCCAUUCCACUCCUGGAGACUUUCCCACUCUCAACAUCACAAAGCUACCGGCAAUAUGGACAAAGACACUGCUUUCGUUCCACACACUAGAGAAGGUUGGGUUCAGAGAAACUUUGGAGAGAAGGCUAAGGCCAACAUGAUCGAGUUUGCUGAAUUGGCAGAAGACUCUCCAAUUUACUCGCUCUACCAUGCAUUCAUUCAUCAAUUGUUUGGAUGGCCAGGAUAUUUGAUUGCCAACUUGACUGGACAAGAUUACGAUGGUGCCAAGGGAAUGAAAAUUUCUCACUUCUAUUUUGGAGAGGACAGUGUCUUUUACAAGAAGCACGAGUUGCCUUUGAUCGCUUUGAGUGACGUUGGUGUUGCUGUUAUGAUUGCUGCUCUGAUCUGGGCUGGUCAAGUCUUCGGAAGCUUCAAUGUUAUUGUUCUUUGGGGUGUUCCAUGGUUGUGGGUUAACAACUGGAUUGUUGCUAUUACCUUCCUCCAACACACCGAUGCAUCCAUGCCCCAUUACAACAACAACACCUGGAAUUUCGCUCGUGGUGCAACCGCUACUAUCGAUCGUGACCUCGGUUUCAUUGAUACCCAUCUUUUCCACGAUAUCAUUGGUACCCACGUUUGCCAUCACUUAGUCUCCACAAUCCCAUUCUAUCACGCUGGAGAAGCAAGCCAACAUAUUAAGAAAGUCAUGGGUCAACAUUACAAAGCCGAUGUCAAGACUCCUUUCUGGACCGCUUUCUGGAGAAACCAACGUACAUGUAAAUUCGUCGAAGAAUCAGAGGGUAUGGAGGGAAGUGGUGUCUUCAUGUACAGAAACUUGUAUAACAGAGAGGGAGAAGUUCAUGCUAAGGAUCUUACUAAUGGCCAAGCUUCUAUUGCUAAGUCGGACAAGCCAACCGUCUCAAAGGUCGUACCAGUUGGUUCUAUGGCUACAGCAAUGAGCACCAGCAGAAACAUGAAUGCGGGAAGAAGAUUGAGUCAAAGUGUUCAAGAGAGAGCCAAGGCUGGAUUACCUCUUUUGGCUGAAGUCUUGGGAGAGUGAACGGGGAAUAGGAGAAUAGGUGUUUGACAUGAAGAGUUGUGGAUAUUAUUGACCACGUGCAUUGGUGGGUGGAGUUGGGGAGUUAUCGCUUGCGAGUUGAGGAAAUACUUGGGUCACGAUACGAUACCAAACUCAAGAUAUAUAGGUUUAAGUUAGAUCUUGGAAUCCCGGGGAGAGAUAUCCUUCUUUUUAGAGAUAGAUUAUCUGGUUGAUUGCAUCUUCUGGUGUACAUAGAGCGAUAUGGACUAGACUGGAUAGAUGGUUUAAAUUAAAUUAGACUAGACUAGAUCACAACAAUACGUUUAGAAUAGAACA